UUUCAUGCCUGGUGUUUGGCGGCCUCUGGAGGUGAGUAGCUGUAUCUAAACUUGACCCGGAAAUAGAUUUCACUUCUCUCGGUCACACGUGUGGAAGUCCCACCAGGUUAUCAUGGGGAAGUCCAAACAAACGCGGAACCACAACAAUGGCAAGAAGAAGAACAUUGCAAAGACCUGGAAGACAAAGCGCAGGACCAAAGACCUGGAUCAGAUCCACUCGGACAUGAAGCCUGAAACAGCUGCUAAACUGCUGCAUCAGGAGGUGGACUACGAUGUAACCGGAUGUGCACAACACUACUGCUUACACUGCGCGAGAUAUUUUGUGGAUAUGAGAUCCUUGAAAGAGCACUUCAAAACUAAAGUGCACAAAAAACGGCUGAAGCAGCUCAGAGAGGAGCCUUAUACCCAGGAAGAGGCAGAGAGAGCAGCAGGCAUGGGCUCAUACAUCCCUCCGAAAAUGAUUGAAGUGAAGACCCAACCAAUAGAAGAGAACAUGGAAUGAAAACUGCUCCCAUUAAUUCACAGACUGAUUUACACAUAAAAGAGGCAUUAGCAGUGUGGUUAAUGCUUGCUGUUACUGUUGUCACAAACUGUAGAAGCAUUGCUGAAUGCUUUUUGUGACAGAUGUUUGUUCUUCAGCCAGCUGUGAUAAAUGUGGUUUUUAAAGUUCAAUCACCAAUUUCAGAAGGCUUCUCCUUACACUCAGAUGGAUCGUGUACCUGUGUAAAUACAUGGGACGGCAGAAUUUUAUGCCACAAUAACGAAAUUUGUGAAGAGGACUAAGUCAAAUUACACAUGUGGAGUAAAGUAGAGCAGUUAGAGCUGUAUUUCUCUACCUGGACUCACCAGAUAAGGAACUAGGAAAAAUUUAUUUAUGCACACAAAAUAAUUUUUUUUUUCUGAUUUCACUCUUUUAUUUUUUCAUUUGAAAAAAUGGACAAUUAACCAAGUUUGAUUAUCUAUAGAAAUUGUAACUAUGUACCAUAUACUUUAAAUGGAGGAAAUGGGACAUGUGGAUGGUGAUUCAGAUGUCUGCAUCCUGGCUGACUUUUACCUCUUUAGACCUCUAAAUGUUCUUAAAAUUAAACAACUCUGAGACAACA